ACAUAAAUUGAUACAUGAAUUUUGUUACUAUGUAAACAAUUGAAUAAAAAUUUUGACAAACGAAAAAUCCAACGUUACUAUGCAAACAAUUGAAUACAAAUUUUGACAAACAAAAAAUCAAACGUCAAAUUAUUUGAAAGGAAGCAGCAAGAAUCAUUUUAUCCAAAAGUAAAAUGAAUACUGCCAAUAAGUUCGCGCUUUUAGAGUUCCCAAAGAGCUCCGUAAAUUUAAAGAAAUUUAAAUUUUUUAAAUUAAAAAAAUGUGUCGAAAUUGUGCCUUUGUCUUGGGUAUUUUAUACAAAAAAAUCACAGGAGUUACGUUGUAAAUACCCAGGAGAAGAGGAUUACUCAAAGGUUGACAUGUGGGUAAAGGAAGGAAUUGAUCCUUUAGAAACCUGGAAACACUUUCCAGCAAAUAUGAUUAAAGAAGCUCGAGACUAUGAUCAAGCAAAGAGGAGAUACGACAGAAUGUGCUUGGAUGAUGCGGUUGAGAGCAGCAGUAAUACUGAGUUUGAAAAUCACGUAGAAGUUCAGGAAAAAUUGGAAGUAUUAUCUCCAGAAAAUGCAAAAUCAAUUUUACAUCAAAUUCAAGGACUCAAAAAAAAUGAUGACAUCCAAGUUUCAGGCAUAAAGAAAUUAAUAAUAAAUUUUGUUCCUUUAAUUAAUAAUAUAAUAAUAUUUAAUUUUAUUAUUAUUUAAUAUUUAAUUAUUACAUUUCCAUUAUUUAAAUUUUGUUUUAGCUAUUCAAGAUUUGCAGUCAUCCAGUGAAGCUUCUACACCUGAAAAGAGACCAAAGAUAAAGGCAAUCGAAAUCCUAAAACCAGGAGUGCCAAAAAUCCCGGAGAAUAAUCGAUUAACAAAUGUGGUUAACUUUUCAUCUUCAAGUGAGGAUGAGUUUAAGAAUCAGGUUUCUCCAAAAAAAGCCUUUCUUCUAAAAUUAAAAGCAAGU